GUUGUUUGAUUGCACUGCGGCUGCGCGUGUUGUUGCCGGUGGUGCCUGAGGGUCGCAAACAAGCCGAGCCGAGCCGAGACAGAGGAGGGCGGGCUCUGGUCUCUAACACCAUGCAAUCCUGCCAUCGAUCUUGGAGGACUCGCCUGGAUUAACAAACUCAACAGUUGAGGAGAUACAGGGGAAUUUUUGUUUUAUUUUAUAAACGUUGCAAUAGCAGCCCGGUCGUUACUAACCCCCGAUAAUCGGAGAAUCCCCGUUAUAUGAUACAUUAUCCAGUUGCUAAGCCCGUCCUAUCAUCCAUGUGGGUUCGGGACCUCUGUGUUUCGGACUAUGGCGAGGAAAACAGUUAGCAGGAAAAGGAAGGCAGCGGAGCAGCAGGCGGGACAGCUGGGCUGGGGUCAGUCGGUGUGCAAGCGGAAGCGUCUGCCGGCCCUGAAGAAGUCUGUGGUGUGUUUUCUGAAGGGCCGGGAGUUCCGGCAGCAGCAGCGGCAGGAGCACGAGCACCACCUCCAGCAAAGCCUUCGGGGCUGCGCCGCCCAGCGACUGCCAGGCAUCCUCCGCGAGAGGGAGUUCACGCUCGGCACCCUCAACAAGGUCUUCGCAUCCCAGUGGCUCAACCACAGGCAGGUGGUGUGCGGCACCAAAUGCAACACGCUGUUUGUGGCAGAUGUGCUGACAGGGCAGAUCACUAAGAUCCCCAUGCUGAAGGACCAGGAGCCUGCCUGUGCUCUGCUGGACCAGCAGGGCUGUGGGAUCCACGCCAUCGAGCUGAACCCUUCGCGCACGCUGCUGGCCACUGGUGGAGACAACCCCAACAGCCUGGCCGUGUACAGACUACCCACCCUGGAUCCCGUCUGCGUGGGGGAUGACGGACACAAAGACUGGAUCUUCUCAAUAGCAUGGAUCAGUGACAACAUGGCGGUGUCUGGCUCUCGAGAUGGCUCCAUGGGUCUGUGGGAGGUGACGGAGGAUGUGCUGUGUAAGACUGGGGACGGGCACGAUUCCACUGGGGUGCCCACCUACUCCCACAUCACCCACCGCGCCCUCAAAGACAUCCCCAAGGAGUACACCAACCCCUACAACUGCAAAGUGAGAGCGCUGGCUUUCAACAACAACAACAAGGAGCUGGGAGCCGUGUCCCUUGAUGGAUACUUCCACUUGUGGAAAGCAGAGCACAGUUUAUGCAAGCUGCUGUCCACCAAGCUGCCGUACUGCAAGGAGAACGUGUGUCUGGCGUACGGACAGGAGUGGUCAGUGUACGCGGUGGGCUCGCAGGCCCACGUCUCCUUCCUGGACCCCAGGCAGCCCCCCCACAACGUCAAGUCCGUCAGCUCUCGGGAGAGGGGCAGCGGUAUUCGCUCGGUCAGUUUCUACGAGCACAUCAUCACGGUGGGCACGGGCCACGGUUCACUGCUCUUCUACGAUAUCCGCGCCCAGCGCUUCCUGGAGGACCCCGUCGGGGCGAGCUGCGGGCACAAGGGCAGGCCGGGAGAAGGGAUUCUUAAUCUGACCACGGGCAAGGGCUGGCUGAACCAUGACGAGACGUGGCGGAGUUACUUCUCGGACAUCCAGUACUUCCCCAACGCCGUGUACACACACUGCUACGACUCCUCCGGGACCAAGCUGUUCGUGGCGGGCGGUCCCCUACCCUCUGGUCUCCAUGGAAACUAUGCUGGCCUCUGGAGCUAGCAGCAGCCCCUCCUCCCCACACCACUUCCUCCGAAAUGUAUUCUCUCCCCUGGGCCCCACCUCCCAUUUUGUAAUAUAUAUUAUAUUAUUAUUAUUUUCAAUUAGACAUUGUUUUGUGGUAUGAUUUUAUUUGAAAUACAUGUGUUUUUAUUUUCACUGGGUUAUGUUUCUGAUUCAGUUUUAGUUUUUGCUCCUGCUUUUGUGAUCGUCUCGCACCCUCAUUCCCUUGAUCUUUUUCAGUGCUUCUGGAUUCUUUUUUUUUGUUUAUGAUCUGUAAGUGGUGUCUCUCCUCUACUUCAGUAUGAGUGAAACCUGUCUUGACAGUCACCAGAACUAAGGGGCCCCUCUGUUCUUACCAGCUUUAGAAAACCUAGAAAGGAUUUUUUCUGUAACAGACAACUCGAAGACUCCCGUUUCCAGACCCAGUUGGUGACCAUUCUAUUCAGGUUUCACUGUACUUUGUUACACUGAAGACACUCUGCUGCCUGGUCACUUUAUUAGGACAUGAACCUACUACUGGGUCGGGCCCCUGUUUGCCCUGAUCAGAACCUUGACCCGACUUGGCAUAGACUCCACAAGGUGCUGGAAGGGACGUUAAUCCACUCGCUCAUUAAUAUUUCCAGCAAGUGUAGAAACAGGCUGAGAGUCGUUCAAGUUCAUCCCAAACUUGCUCAAUUUAUAGUGAAAUCCGGGGAUUGUUGUGGUCAUAGAAAUGCCUAAAGUCAGCCGCUAACAUGCCAGUCUGGCACGGUGGAUGGGAACAUUGUCUUGAGUGUUGCCAACGCAAUCAGUACAAUUACAGCAUUGUUGGGUGGUCUCAACCUGCAACGCUUCAGACCUACAGCAUUCGUAAUCGAGGCUCGCAGUGCACACUGCAGGGCUGCUGUGUCCGUUGUGUAGAACAGGGUCCCGUCUUUUUCAAACCCUGCCCUCUGGUCACUGCUCUACCCAUCCCUCUCAAGGCUGAGAAGUGUUCACUAGAAGCACAUGCUGAUCAUCCCAAUACCCCCCUGCCCCCAAUAGCCCCCUUCACGCAGGGCAGGGGGCACAUUAAGACACAGCCUGGCACUUUUCUCCCUUUUGAACAGCAUCCUCAAUGAACUGGAGCCGUGAGAAAACCAAGGAUCUUUCUGCAAAACUAAAAUUCCGUUGCACACAACCCACCCUACAAGAUACACGCAAGGAGAUGAGAGCGGGAGAAAGAGUUGCUCUGAACAGUUUGGGAGGAAAAUGGAUCUCUAACAUUUUAAAAGUUUUUACCUUCUUUGUAAUAAAGUGUCACUUUUCAGAUUUCUACUCUCCAUUACUGAAAAGCAUUCCUGUAAAUAACACUGUCAAACCCAUCUUCAGCUGCAGACCUAAUCCCAGUGUUGUACUGUGAGUGAACCCAGCAGAACCAUAGCAAUACCAGCAAAGACACCCCAAUGGGUUCAGAACCAGUAUUACUGGAGGUUGUGGUUCAUCCUACAUGACACCAUUGAUAUGUUGAAAUAUGAGGCACAUGUGGUUCCAUUCCUCCCUUAGCUUGUGCAAUUGUAGCCCCACACUUUCAUUCACCUUGAUUAGAGCAGUCCUGAAUUUUCAUUAAAGCAUUGUUACUGGGUGAGAGAUGGCCCUUAUAAAAAUGUCCCAUAGUGAAAUCACAUUAAAGAAUAGGUAUGGUAAAGCAUAUAAAAAAAAAACCUACAAAAAACAGUGUAAACCUUGGUAACCUACGGCAACUGCAUAGCAGAGCCCUGGUGCACAAAGUGCAGAAUUCCUGUGGUAAACUGUUCUGAGGGGUGCAGUAAACAGAAAGCUCAUUAAUAACAUGCCUUGCAGGCUCUGUCAGCCUUCAUCCAUGCUGGUUCUCCUCACAGCUGCCUAGACUAUUGGACAGUGUCAGGGAAAGCAGAACUCCACAACCCCGAGCAUUCCUUUUCAACAUUCCUUGUGUAGAGGUAACAUGGGUAGUUUGUGACUGAAUGUUAUUUUAUUUUUUUUAAGUGAUGUUUUUUAUGUGAACUGUAAAAAGGGCUCUAUAACGUUCCUGAUGUGCCCCUUCGUUUCUGUAUUCUGAAUAAAGUAUAUUUGGUUA